AUGGCGCUCGCCGCCGCUGUCUCCCCCGGCCGUCCCCCUCCUCUUCCUCGCGCGCUGCGCCUCGCGCCCCGUACCGUCGUCCGCCGCCUGUCGGCGCAGGCCGUACGCGGCGUCACGACCCGCGGCGCUGCGCUCUGCCACCGCUCGCAUUGGGUGCCCAAAUCCUCGCGCGCGAGCUGCUCGAACUGCCGCCGCAGCUUCCGCCUCUGGGCCACCAAACGCCACUGCCGCCUGUGCGGAGAGGUCGUGUGCGGCCCGUGCUCGACCAAACGCGUCCUCUUUGCGCGCAAGAGCGUCCGCGCGUGCGACGACUGCGUGGCCGCCCACGAGCGGCCGCCGACGAGCGCUGCGCCGUCGACGACGUGGCUGGGCCCGCGUCGCCGGACGACGGCCGUUGCUUCGAGCACGAGCUACAGUACUACUGGCGUCGAGUUCUUUCUCUCCUCUUCUUCUUCUUCGCCUUCUUCGUCUUCCCGUUGUUGUUGUUCGUCGUCGUCGUCGUCAACGGGAACACCGAUAGCGGUUGUAGACUACCGCCUGACGCUGUCUCGCCCGGUGCAGCUUCUGCUGGUUGCGGUGGCAGCGCUCGCGGUGAUAACGGGCUGCGCGCUCGAGCGCGUGACGCAAAUCUGGAUGUAG